UGUUCCCCCACACAGACCAGCUUGUCGUCUCAGUCGCCGCAGUAGUUCGCUCGGUGUCGAAUAGAGAAGAAGAGAAGAAGAGAAGAGAAGAAGAAGAGAAGAAGAAGAGAAGAAGAGAAGAAGAGAAGAAGAAGAAGAAGAAGAGAAGAGCAUCAUGUAGUUCAACACACACUGCUCACUGGACACACCGACGUGUGUGUGUGUGUGUGUGUCACCUGGACACUGUCCUCUCGUCUCAUCGACGUCAUGUUCCUGCGCGGCUCGAAGAAGCGACGCUCGACCCGCUCGAAGCAGCAGGAGGACGAGGACCCGGACGGAGGUCAGCCCUGUACCCGCUGUGGAGACCAGUGCCCCGGCUUCCGUGUGCACGGCUGGAGGAAAAUCUGCGUUCACUGUAAGUGUGCGCGGGAGGAGCACGUGGUCCGCUCGGUGCCGGGCCAGCUGGAGAAGAUGAUGACCAAGCUGGUGUCGGACUUCCAGAGACACUCCAUCUCCGACGACGACUCGGGCUGCGCCUCCGAGGAGUACGCCUGGGUCCCGCCGGGGCUCAAGCCCGAACAGGUGUACCAGUACUUCAGCUGCCUGCCCGAGGACCGGGUCCCGUACGUCAACAGUCCCGGGGAGAGACAACGGAUCAAGCAGCUGCUGCACCAGCUGCCGGCCCACGACAGCGAGCCUCAGUACUGUAACUCUCUGGACGAGGAGGAGAAGAAGGAGCUGCGUCUGUUCAGUCAGCAGAGGAAGAGAGAGAACCUGGGCAGAGGCGUCGUCAGACUGUUUCCUGUCACCAUGACGGGAGCCAUAUGUCAACAGUGCGGCAGGCAGAUCUGCGGCGGGGACAUCGCGGUGUUCGCCGGUCGGGCCGGACACGGCAGCUGCUGGCACCCCCAGUGUUUCCAGUGCUCGUCCUGCAGCGAGCUGCUGGUCGACCUCAUCUACUUCCACCAGGACGGACAGAUCUACUGUGGCCGGCACCACGCCGAGCGGCUGAAGCCUCGCUGCCAGGCCUGCGACGAGAUCAUCCUUGCAGACCAGUGCACCGAGGCAGAAGGACGAUACUGGCACAUGAAGCACUUCUGUUGUUUCGAGUGCGAGGCGUCGCUGGGCGGUCGGCGCUACAUCAUGAGGGAGAGUCGACCGUACUGCUGCGCCUGCUACGAGUCGCUGUACGCAGAAUACUGCGACAGCUGCGGAGAACACAUCGGGAUCGACCAGGGACAGAUGACGUACGAGGGGCAGCACUGGCACGCCGUGGAGUCGUGCUUCUGCUGCGCCCGCUGUCACCUGCCUCUGCUGGGACGCCCCUUCCUCCCGCGGGCCGGGCUCAUCUUCUGCUCACGGCCCUGCUCGCUGGGCGAAGACCCCGACAACUCAGACUCCUGCGACUCGGCGCUGCAGAGCCGACGGGUCGCGUCGGCGCCGGAGAAACACCCGCAGCAGCAGCAGUGUGGUUCUCCACUGAAGCCACCGGAGGGCGUCAUGGUCACAGUGGAGAACAGAGCCGUCCGCUGCUCCGCUCUGGGUCAGAACGGACUUCCUGUUCCCAGAGGCUCCUCCUACUCGCCACUUCCACACAUUCACCUGGGAAACGGCUUCGGCCCAUCGUGGCCCAGCGACGUUCCUCAGUACACUUUACUGCCGGAGAACUGUGACAUCAUCAGACCUCCCAUCGGAGAACCGCAGGUCCAACAGGAACCAGAUGAGAUCACCGGACGAACGGGACUGAGCUCCAGAGGAACCUCAACGGAUAACGACUGUAGAAACUGGGUCGAGAAGACGAGUCCAGUUCUGCAAGCGUUCCCGCCCCUCCCCCCCGACAUCUCCUCCGUCCUCCCGCCUCCUCUGCCCGUCAAGAGUCGUGACCUGACGCCGCCGCCCCGCCCACCGGAGGACCGAGCGCCGGGUCCUAUUGCCCCCAUGACUCGCAGCGGCACCGCUCGAGUCAGCUUCAGAGAACCAAUCAGCAGCAGCUACUCUGUUGACGAUAACGAAGACGAUGAUGAUGAAGAAGAGCUGCGUGAGGAAGACGAGGGGGAGGGGGGUUUCAGGGUCCCGCCUCACAUGGAUCUACUCGACGGUUCGUCUCACCGGCAGCGAGGGGGGAGCUGCCACCCCUUGACCUCUGACCCCGGCUCUGAGAGGACAACCACACGCUCGCGGUCCGAUCGGCCGCGGCUCGACAGCCUGGACGUGAGAGGUGAGAGAGAACGGGACGUCCGCGGCUCGUCCAGCGCCGCCGCCCUGAGCCUCCAACCGGGACGCUACAAACACGAAGACUCCUGCUCCACCUGCUCCUCGUCCUCCGACUCCGAGGAGGAGGGCUACUUCCUUGGACAGCCAAUCCCCCUGCCCCCGCAGCUCCGGAAGGAUCCGCCUGCGGAUGGUGAGGACGGGGGGGCGGAGCCGCAGAGGGGGGCGGAGCUGCAGAGAGACUGGAGCCUGCGAGGCAGCGUGAGGCGGAGAAGAGGUCCGAGCGUCGGUGCGAAGGACAAAGAUAAAAACUGUGCGGUUUCCUAGCAACAGACGUCGAGGAACGAGAGAAACUAACGACCUCAUGGUUCUGGUUCUGGUUCUAGAGAAGCUUCAGGGAGUGAUGGCACAUUCCUCAGUUAUUGUUUAUUCAGAAUAUCUUAUUUUAGCUCUGCUGUAUUUCCAUUUUCUCUUAUGUGCAAUUUUUAUAUGGUUGUAAUAUAUUUUUUAAAAAUUAAACUGCAGUAAACUGGUAGUUUUUUUUGUACAAUCACAUUACGUUUGUGUGUUAAAAUGUUUCUGUCUGUAAUCACGUUGUUUAUUUUAAUAUUUAGUUCUUGGUGUUUCGUUUUGGAUAAAGAAACAGAUGAUGAUUGAUUGUGAACAAAUUUUAUUAAAUUUGUCUAAAUUUG